AUGAAUAAUGAUAUUCCACCACUUAUAAACAAAUCAUGGUCUACAUUUGUCAACUGUUGGUUAAAGAAAAAACCCCUUCAAAAAAAAAUCAAUUUCCCCCAACUACAGAAAACAAUGAUUAUCGAUAAAUAUGUAUUACCUAAGCUAUCUUCAAAUAAUAUCAGUGUAACAAAUGAAUUGGUUGGAAAUGAAAUUAAUCAAUGGCAUAUACAUAACCCUAACAUCACUACUGAAGAUAAUGUUUCUUCAACCACACCUCUGGUCAUGCUACAUGGCUAUUUGACUAGUAGCAUGUGUUAUUACAAAAAUAUACCUGAAUUGAGUAAAAGAUUUAGAGAUAUUUAUUUACUGGAUUUACCGGGUCAUGGGGGGACUCCAUUAUUACCACAUAUAUCCGAUAUUCGCUUAAAUUAUGAAAGACCGCUGCCGCUAAAAUACCAUUUUAUACCAACCAAGGAUUCUAAUGGUAAAAAACUUGAGUUUGAAAUAGAUUUCCCAAUGGAAUACCCCAAAUACAGGCAUUUGGUAGAUACUAUUUGUAACACUGUAUAUGCGGAUACUAUUGAACAAUGGAAAUUCGACUCCAAGAUAAAGGGUAAAAUUAAUUUAGUGGCCCAUUCCUUUGGUGGUUAUGUGUCUUUCAAAUACUGGUUUAAAUAUCCUAAAAGUGUAAAUAAAAUUGUGUUAGCUUCCCCACUAGGAAUGGAGCGUAACAUAUUUAGUAUCAACAAUUUAUUGCACGGGAAGACCAAAUAUCCAUUAAAUUAUCGAGACCCGUCAUCUAAGUAUUAUUUAAAUCCUAAUGUCAAAGUUCCCAGGUGGUUGUUCAAUAACCAGUAUAAAAUUUUCGAAUAUUUGGGACCCUUGGGAGCUAAAAUUUUAUGGGCCUUCAUAAACAAGAGAUAUUCAAGGCAGGAAGUAGAAUUUAGAAAUUAUCUUUUUGAUCAAAUGUAUUACAUGGAUUGCAAGAAACAGGAAUUAAAUCUAAGCGUCCUCAAAGAGCUUUUUACGCCAUUUUUAACUGCUAUUGAUCCGAUAUUAGAUUAUAAAAUUCCCCAUCAUAAAUUACUGGUUUUAUUCGGUGACCAUGACUGGAUGAACAGAAGUGAGAGUGGAAGGUUUGUAGAAAACUCGUGUAUAAUACCAAGAGCUGGCCACAAUUUGUUUCUGGACAAUCCGGAAAAGUUCAAUGAAAAAGUAAUAGAAUUUUUAAAUAAUUAG